AUGGUCGAUUUAGCCUGGGGGUGGACAAAGCAACCAACAGACAAUUCCUGUGGCGCGUUGAUUUCAGCUGGCCGGGGUGCUGCACUACGACGCCAGAAGCUCCAAAGAGCUAUGAAAAUCCCCUUCGCCAUUUUUCAAUGCGCCGUCAUGUUUGUCUUUCUCUUCCUCGAGAAAGACAUGCUGUCCAAGCUCUCUUCUGCCCCGGAUGUCGUGUUCUUGACCUUUUGA